CCAAUCACAGAACUCUCACCGUUAAACACUUCCGGUUUGCUAGGCCACUUGCCUUUCCACCGGAGCGGCUGGUGUGUGCAGUUAUCAGCGGAGUGAAUACCACGUAGACUACUCGCUAAAAAUAGACAUUAAGAUGCCCCCAAAAAAGGCAGAAGCCCCCAAAGAGGCUAAAUUGAUUGGACGAUUUGGAACCUCACUGAAGAUUGGAAUUGUGGGAUUACCAAAUGUUGGGAAAUCCACCUUUUUCAAUGUGCUGACCAAAAGCCAAGCAGCUGCAGAGAACUUCCCGUUCUGCACAAUUGAUCCAAAUGAGAGCAGAGUACCUGUGCCCGAUGAGCGCUUCGAUUUCCUCUGCCAGUACCACAAACCAGCCAGUAAGGUUCCAGCUUUUCUGAAUGUCGUGGACAUUGCUGGUCUGGUGAAGGGAGCUCACUCAGGACAGGGACUUGGAAACGCCUUUCUCUCCAACAUCAGUGCCUGUGACGGCAUCUUCCACAUGACACGUGCGUUUGAUGACGAGGACAUAAUCCAUGUGGAGGGUAACGUUGACCCAGUGAGGGACAUUGAGAUCAUCCACGAAGAGCUGCGACUAAAGGACGAGGAAAUGAUUCCGUCAAUCCUUGACAAGCUGGAGAAAACUGCCAUCAGAGGAGGUGACAAAAAACUUAAACCUGAAUAUGAUAUCAUGUUGAAGGUGAAGAACUGGAUAGUAGAGGAGAAGAAACAUGUCCGAUUUUACCCUGACUGGAACGACAAAGAGAUUGAUGUGUUGAACAAAUACCUGUUUCUGACCUCCAAGCCCAUGAUCUACCUGGUUAAUCUCUCGGAGAAGGAUUACAUCAGGAAAAAGAACAAGUGGUUGGCGAAAAUCAAGGAGUGGGUAGACGCUCAUGACCCCGGCGCCGUGGUCAUUCCCGUGAGUGGAUGUGUUGAGUCUAAACUGCAGGACAUGGAGGAGGAGGAGAGGAAUAAGUACUGCGAGGAAAUGAAGACGCAGAGCGUUCUGACUAAAAUAAUCAAAACCGGCUACGCCACACUACAGCUGGAGUACUUCUUCACAGCUGGACCAGAUGAGGUGCGAGCGUGGACCAUCAGGAAAGGAACCAGGGCUCCUCAAGCUGCAGGAAAGAUCCACACUGACUUUGAGAAAGGCUUCAUCAUGGCGGAGGUGAUGAAGUACGAUGACUUCAAAGAGGAGGGAAGUGAAAAUGCAGCCAAGGCCGCUGGGAAGUACAGACAACUGGGCCGGAACUACGUGGUGGACGAUGGCGACAUUAUCUUUUUCAAAUUCAACACACCUAAUGCACCUAAGAAGAAACCAUGAGACGACACAAUCCCCAGAGGGAGAACUCAGAAUACUGUUAAGUUGGGCCCCAAAGAGCUACACUCAUUUUUCAUAUUCUUCUCUUGAAGUCAGAGGAUCAGCUCAGCAGUUAUUUACUGAAGUUGCCUUACAGAUCCGAAUCUGUUGGACUUAUUCAAUAAAAUAAAAUUUCUAUACAAGCAUAGCAUACAUCCAUGCCUAUAAUAUGUGGCACCUUCGUAUCCUAUUCGAAACAUAUUCUAGCUUUCGCGGUUGAAACAAAGAUAACUGAGCUGAGAAAUGUAUCAUUUCUGAUUUUACUCGAAACAACCAAUUAAGUAACUUUAACAGAACAUAAAAUUCACAUUGCUUCAUAACUGAUGCUGGCACUGAACAUUUGUUUUUAAUAUGCAUCAGAUGAUUAGAGCGUGUCCCCUUUUUAAGACAAUGUUUGAUCCCUUCAACAAUAACCGCUUGCCUUUCGUCGAUUAUUUGACAAUUACUGUGAUUUUCCCUAGAAUUAAAAAAAAACUACAAACUAUUUUUGGAAUUGAUGUUUGCCUUUUCCCAAUUCUACUUGGUUAUGUUUAUGCUAUUCACGAUAAAGUCACAAUUCCUUUUCCAAAUCUUGCUCAAAGUGAUACAUGCGGUCUCUAAACGUUUGACUUGUGCCACGUUAACUAUGAAGACGAAAUGAAAGCCACUGCCCAGUGUAGCACUGUGGGACAGAACUUCACUGUAUUCUGAGGGGACGGAUAGUAUUGUUUUAGAAAGCGCAACGCAGGCAUCCCAGACAAUGCAGGAUGGAACACUGAUCGGAUAACUUGCUAUACACACUGCUUCUAUUUACUUUUGGUUUGGGAAAUUUUCAUAUUAAAGUGUUGACGUUGUGAGCUCCACCUGGUGUCAUGAGAUGAGACUUCUUGUGAAGCAGCUGAGAGAGUUUAUUGUGGAUCAUCUGGACUGACGCCAGUGUGAAUUGUCUUUAUUUUCAAAAGCCCACCGACCCCUUCGUUAAACAUCUUCAGGAAGAUCAAGAAUCCUAAUGGACGUAGGGAGCCACAUUGUAACAAAUGCCAUCCUCAUCAAUAUGCAUGUGUCAAUAAAAGGAGAAAAACCUGCCA